AUGAAUAUGCUGGAAAAAAUCAAUAGUGAGGACAAGGAAUUAUUGAAACGAAGUUGGACAUUCCUCGAAAAAAAUAUCAAUAAUACGGCAUACUGUAUUUUCGACAUGAUAUUCAGACAAAGCCCUGAUACCAAACAGCUUUUCCCGUUUAUGAAAAUUCGGAAACCUGGUGAUGCCAAGCGAUCUCGUGAGAUGGAGUUUCAUGGGUUAAGAUUUAUGCAGGUUUUGCAAUCUGUCGUGAAAUCAAUCGAUAAUCCAACUUCAUUGGACCCUCUAUGUGAUAAUCUAGGAAGAGUGCAUGGUCGAUUGAUCGACUCUCGUGGAUUCAAGGCUCAUCAUUGGAGUGUUUUCAUCGAAUGCACAUUGUUUCACUUCCGAGAAGUGCUUGGAUCGGUAAGGUAUUUCACUGCAAUAUGUUGCACAAUUAACGCACGAUUUCGUCGAAAAUCAACCGUUUUUCUUGCCCCGACUGAAUAUUUCGCAAAAAAAAUAAUAAAAAAUGAAUACUUGAUUCCGAACAACCAUGAGUCCUACUUCCUUCAUUAG